GACAAUCAGAUUUACAGCAGAAAAAAAUCACGUGCCUACUGUUCCCGUCAGACGCAUGGUCUAUUUCACCGGAAGAAAUCGUCUAGCUCAACCUUACACUUCCUCUUUCCGUCAUCGGGGUUUAGUCACAAUGGGCCGUGUUAUCAGGGGACAGAGGAAAGGUGCUGGCUCUGUGUUCAAAGCCCACGUGAAGCACAGAAAAGGUGCUGCUAAACUCCGACACAUUGACUUUGCUGAACGUCAUGGUUACAUCAAGGGAAUUGUGAAGGAUAUCAUCCAUGACCCAGGCCGUGGCGCUCCCCUGGCCAAGGUGGCUUUCCGUGACCCCUACAGAUUCAAGAAGAGGACGGAGCUGUUUAUUGCUGCAGAGGGCAUCCACACCGGCCAGUUCAUCUACUGUGGCAAGAAAGCUCAACUGAACAUCGGUAAUGUCUUGCCCGUGGGCACCAUGCCUGAGGGAACCAUCAUCUGCUGUCUGGAGGAGAAGCCUGGUGACAGGGGCAAGCUGGCCAGGGCGUCUGGGAACUAUGCCACGGUCAUUUCCCACAACCCGGACACCAAGAAGUCCAGGGUCAAGCUGCCCUCUGGCUCAAAGAAGGUCAUCGCCUCCGCAAACAGAGCAGUUGUUGGUGUGGUUGCUGGAGGUGGACGUAUUGACAAGCCCAUCCUGAAGGCCGGUCGUGCCUACCACAAGUACAAGGCCAAGAGGAACUCAUGGCCACGUGUCCGUGGUGUGGCCAUGAACCCUGUUGAGCAUCCCUUCGGUGGGGGUAACCACCAGCAUAUUGGAAAACCCUCAACUAUCAGGAGGGACGCACCUGCUGGUCGCAAGGUCGGUCUCAUUGCUGCCCGUCGUACAGGCAGACUGCGUGGAACAAAGACCGUCUCGGAGAAGGAGAAUUAGAUGUCUUGACAAUAAAAUAUGUUCCAAUGAA